UUCUUCAUCUCUCUUGUCUUCUCACACAGGUUUGAAGCUUAGAACAUCAAUGGGGAAUAGCAAGUCCAAGAACCAUAGCCACCCUUUGCCCAUUGACACCACCUUCAAGUUUCCUUCUCCACUUCCAACUUUUCCACCAGGGGAAAGUGGCUUCGGCGAAGGCGUCAUCGACCUCGGCGGCGGACUGAAAAUCCACCGGAUUUCAUCCUUCAACAAAAUCUGGACCACCCACGACGGUGGUCCAAACAACCUCGGCGCCACGUUCUUCGAACCCUCUCCUCUUCCCCAAGGCUGUUUCUCUCUCGGCCAUUACUGUCAUCCCAACAACAAGCCCUUCUUCGCCUGGACUCUCGCCGGAAAAGAUGACUCUCCUGACGGCGCCGUCCUCAAAAAGCCCCUCGACUUUGUCCUCGUCUGGUCAAGCAGGAAUUCCAACAUCAAACGUGACACCGAUGGCUACAUUUGGUUGCCGACGCCGCCGAAUGGUUAUAGCGCCGUCGGCCACGUUGUCACUACUUCUCCGGAAAAGCCCUCCGUAGACAGAAUCCGUUGCGUGCGUACAGAUCUAACAGAGCCAUCGGAAAAGGAGAAUUGGAUUUGGGGACUCAAAGAUUCAAUCGACGAAAAUGGGUUUAAUAUAUUCAGUUUCAGACCCAAAAUCAGAGGAAUCUCGGCGGCGGGGGUUUCCGUCGGGUCAUUCGCCGCCAUUUCGAGCACGGCGACGCCUCUGCCAGUGCUCUGUUUGAGAAACUCUGUUUCAAUUUCUUCAGCAAUGCCGGAUAUUUCUCAGAUCACCACUCUGUUUCGAGCUUAUGCGCCGUUGAUUUACUUUCACCCCAAGGAGAAAUUCCUGCCGGCGUCAGUGAACUGGUAUUUCUCCAACGGCGCUCUGCUUUACAACAGAUCCAACGAAUCGAACCCAGUCCGGGUUGAACCAAAUGGGACGAACCUCCCUCAGGGCGCCGAGAACAACGUCGAGUUCUGGCUGGACCUUCCCAUCGACGGCGGCGCAAAAGAGUUGGUGAAACAUGGCGACUUACGGAGCUGCCAAGUCUAUCUCAGGGUUAAGCCAAUGAUCGGAGGGAUUUUCACGGACAUAACGAUAUGGAUAUUCUUUCCGUUCAACGGACCCGCGACGGCGAAGGUUGGGAUAAUCAACAUUCCGUUAGGGAAAAUCGGCGAACACAUCGGCGAUUGGGAGCAUAUAACGUUACGGGUUAGUAAUUUCACCGGCGAGCUGUCGAAGGUUUAUUUUGGGCAGCACAGUAAAGGUGAGUGGGUCGACGCGCCGUCGCUGGAGUUCGAAAAUGGAAAUAAAGUGGUGGCGUACUCGUCGUUGAACGGCCACGCGUCGUACUCGAAAGCCGGACUGGUAAUGCAGGGCGGGGGAGAGAUCGGACUAAAAAACGAGACGGCGAAAAGCGAAAUGGUGCUGGACACCGGAGCGAGCUUCUCAGUGAUAGGAGGCGAGUAUCUGGGGAAGGCGGUGGUAGCGCCGCCGUGGGUGAACUUCGUCUGGAAAUGGGGACCAAAAAUUGAGUACAGAAUCUCAGAGGAGGUGGAGAAGGUGGAGAAAAUCCUGCCGGGAAGACUGAAAGAGGGUUUCAGGAACUUCGUGGACCGAUUACCAGACGAAAUUCUUGGAGAAGACGGACCCACCGGACCCAUAGUGAAGGAUAGUUGGAACGGCGAUGAACGCAGUUAA